CUAAAAAUUCCCGAGUAUGUACUUCUUUUAGCUUUCUGUUUCAAAUAAUAGAAUACGUUAAUCUACUUCUAAGUGCAAAUCUAACAUAAUUUUUUUUACAGAGGAUUGGUUGUCAAAGUAACUCUCUUUGGUAGAAUACUUACCCAAUUGAAUGCCAUACUUGCAAAUUCGGGUGAUCGUCGUCCCAUCCUGGUCAUUACAUCAACAUAUGUCACUCCUUUCAAAGGAGAGAACACCUUCACCUCAACUGGGG